CCCCGCCGCCGCCGCUGGACGCACGCUACGACCGUGGUUGCCCCACUGUGCCCCGCUGCCCCGCCCCGUGCCCGCCCGCCCGCCCGUGCCCGCCCGUGCCCCGCUCGUGACCACCCACCGCCCAGCCCAGCCCAGCCUGCUGCCCACUCCACACUCUGAGACCCUGCCUGGAGCACACCAUCCUCUGGUGCGCCCACGCCUUUAGUCUUCACCACGGACUCUAGUCUGGCCCCAUACCCAGGGUCCCCCGGUCCCGCCCUCACCACAGGCAACAUGGCCACCAUAGAAAACAAGUCCCUGUCCACCGAAGGACCCUCAGCCUCCCUUUCAAUGAGACUAUUAAUGCAAGGAAAGGAAGUGGGCAGUAUCAUCGGCAAGAAGGGAGAGAUUGUCAAGCGGUUCAGAGAAGAAUCUGGCGCGAAGAUCAACAUCAGCGAUGGCUCGUGCCCGGAGAGGAUCGUCACCGUCACCGGCAACACUGAUUCCAUCUUCACAGCCUUCAAACUCAUAUGUGCCAAGUUCGAAGAGUUCCUUGGUCAGAUGUACCAGAACAACGGCAGCGCAGGAGGCGGCGGCGGACAGCAGAGGCCCCCCAUCACCCUGCGGCUGAUCGUGCCCGCCUCGCAGUGCGGUUCGCUCAUCGGCAAGGGCGGCUCCAAGAUCAAGGAGAUCCGCGAGGUGACCGGCGCCUCCAUCCAGGUCGCGUCCGAGAUGCUGCCCAACUCCACGGAGCGCGCAGUCACCGUGUCGGGCACGUCCGAGGCCAUCACGCAGUGCAUCUACAACAUCUGCUGCGUUAUGCUAGAGUCCCCUCCCAAAGGCGCCACGAUCCCUUACCGCCCCAAACCCCAGGUGGCCGGGGGUCCGGUGAUCCUUGCCGGCGGCCAGGCCUAUACUAUCCAGGGUAAUUAUGCAGUGCCCUCAGCGCCCGAUGUAAGUACCGUUCCCUUUGUUCCCCCACCCCACCUGGGGGGCCCCCCGGCCGGCCCCUUCAUGGCGGCCCUAAGCCCCCUCCUGGCCCCAUGUCCCGUCUCCACGGCGCCCUCCCCAGGCCCCCACACCACGGCCGUCAUGACGCCCGCGGGCCACCACCCGUGCCAUGCGGGCCACUUGCAGAUCUCGACCCCGGGCCAUCCGCCGGGCCAUCCCCCGGGCCACCCACCCGAACACUUGAAGAACGGCCAUAUCAGCGUAAUGGCACAACCACAACUGCAGCAUCUCCAGGAUAUGUCCAAGCUUGGUAACUCUCCUUUAGCGGGUCUUCUGGGCCUAGGAAACCUCGCAGGCGCCAACCCUGUCAACCCUACCGGCAACACAGCUGAUGCCUUGGCGGCCCUCGCUGGCUCGCAGCUGAGGACCCCCGCAGGAUCGGGUCCCGGCUCACAGACUCACGAGAUGACGGUGCCCAACGAGCUCAUAGGCUGCAUCAUCGGCAAGGGAGGCACGAAGAUCGCCGAGAUCAGGCAAAUCACAGGCGCCAUGAUCACCAUUAGCAAAUAUGAUGACGGUUCAGAAGACGCAAGCAAGCAAGACCGAACCAUCACUAUCAAGGGUAACGCUGACCAGGUGGCUCUCGCGCAGUACCUCAUCAACACCAGCAUGGAACUGCACAAGGCGCAGCUUGAAGUAAGUAAGGGCGGGUCGACCGGGUCGGGUGGGCUGAGCCCCAGUGCCAUCCCCCUGGCCCAGCUGCUCAAGAACCCGCAAGCCCUGAACGCCUUGUCCUCCCUGACCGGCCUGCAGGGCCUGUCCUCCCUCACCUCCCUGCUCGCCCCAGACUCCUCCCAGGGCCUGGCCGGUAUUGCGGCUGCCCACAGGCACAACAAGGCCUACCAACCCAAGCUCCGCGCCCAAGCCUCCGCCCACCAGCCCACUAAUGGCACCCCCAAGGAGAACAAGCGCAGCAAGUUCGCACCCUACUAGACCUGAUCCUCUCCCAGGGGGCCCCGCUCCUCUCCGGGCGCAGAGCGUCCUCAUCCUCCACUCCUGAUGAACCCCGUGGCGCCCCAACAUACAUGGGGACUCAGUUUUCCCGCGUGUCGGCGCCCCCUCACCCCGGCGGCACCGCGCCCGCCCUCGCCGCCCGCUGCUACCGGCGGCGGGAGCGGGCCACCCUCACGUGCCGCUGGGAUCAGAGAGCGCCACACUUUUCAGAUCUGAGUAGGAACAGCCCUCGGCACACGAGGCGCCCACGCCCGCAGCGCUCGCCCAGCCCGCUAGCAGGCAGGGGCGCGAGCCAUGUGAGGUGGGCGCGGGCGCGUGGCGAGGCCUGUGCGUGUUGGUGUCAGAUGGUCACUGUCACUAGGCCAGCAGCUGCUUGUUAUACAAGGUGGUCUCCGCUGUUCAGUCCAGCCCAGACCACCUGCCACCUCUCAACUAAACAUAUCAGUUAGGACAAUUGAUUCUUUGUUUCCUGUUGUUUUUUAUAACGGCAUCAAGCAGAAGAAGCUGAAAGCAAGUUUGCAUUGUCACAAGUUUCCUAGAGUUCUCUGUAAACGUCAUGCAUGGUUACUGUGUUUGUUAGUCAUGGUUCAUCUGGUGACAGUCUCAGAUUCACACGUUUUAACAAUUAAUAUAAAAAUAUAUAUAUAUAAGAAAAGACUAAAAAUUGUCAAGUCCCAAAAAAAUAUUACCCCAAAAAUAUAGUAAAAGAGUAUUGAAGCGAGAGAUGUACAUACUAAGCUUUUAAGAAUUAGUUGAUGAUUUAGGGCACAGACGGUGAGCGGCCCUGAGUGCCUCGCCCCAAAGCGGCUUGGGGAUUUGGAGGAAAGCUGGGCACUGUGACCAGAUUCACCGCCUCUCUCUUCUCUGCCUCUCUCUUUCUCUCUCUCUCACUGUCUUUCUCUAUCUGUCUCUCCCUCUCUAUCUGUCUAUCUCAUAAUUUAGCAUCGCAAAAGGCUGAGCACGUGUGCCGUAGUUGCUCGGUUUAGUCACUUUAGGAUAUGGCAUUAAUUACUACUACAUACUUAAUGUGUUUUAAGUAAUUCAUUGAAAAGUACAUGUGGGUACAAAACUCAGCUGUUUUCCUUUUUCAUCAUAAUGUAUGGAAUGUACAGUUUUGCAAUAAGUUAAUUGUCUCUUUAGAAGUACUGGUGUUCAAUCGUAAGCUCAAUAUGUGAAUGUUUCUUCCACUAGAUAUUAAACAAGUGUAAAGUUUGAGGAA